AUGCCCAAAAGAAAGAAGUUCACCGAGAGAUGUGACACCUGUGAUUUCUCGAUGGAUCUCGAGGAGAAGAAUAUGGACGAUGCGGCCCAUGCUUACAACACGAUGAAACUUAUCACUGAAGACCCACACAUGAUCUCACUUAUUGUGGGAGAAUCAUAA